AUGGAACCACAAAACUAUACCCAAAUUUCAGAAUUUCUUCUUCUGGGAUUUUCAGAACAACAAGAUCUUCAGUGUCUCAUAUAUGGGAUCUUCCUUUCCAUGUACCUGGUCACUGUGUUUGGGAACCUGCUCAUCAUCCUGGCCAUAAUCUCAAACUCCCCUCUGCACACACCAAUGUACUUCUUCCUCUGUAACUUGUCUUUUGUCGACAUUUGCUUCACAUCUACCACUGUCCCAAAGAUGUUGGUGAAUAUCCAGACACAGAGCAAGGUCAUAACUUACGAAGGUUGCAUCAUGCAGAUUUAUUUUUUUGCAACUUUUGCAGGGUUGGAUGACUUCCUCCUGGCUGUGAUGGCCUAUGACCGUUUUGUGGCCAUCUGUCAUCCCCUGUACUACAUGGUCAUCAUGAAACGCCAGCUUUGUGUGUUGCUGGUUAUUGUGUCCUGGGUCACAAGUACUCUGAAUGCCCUAUUACAAAGCUUUGUGGCAUUGCGGCUGUCCUUCUGUACGGAGGUGGAAAUCCCUCACUUUUUCUGUGAACCUUAUCAGUUGGCUCACCUUGCCUGUUCUGACAUAUUUCUUAAUGACAUGGUGAUAUAUAUGACAGCUAUGCUCUUUGCUCUUGGUCCCCUCAGUGGCAUCCUUUACACUUACUCCAAGAUAAUUUCCUCUAUCCAUGCAAUCUCAUCAGCUCAAGGGAAGCACAAAGCAUUUUCCACCUGUGUAUCUCACCUCUCAGUUGUCUCCUUAUUUUAUUGCACAGGCCUAGGAGUGUACAUCAGUUCUGCUGUGACCAAAAGCUCACAUUCAAUUGCAAUAGCCUCAGUGAUGUACGCUGUGGUCACCCCCAUGCUGAACCCCUUCAUCUACAGCCUGAGGAGUAAGGACAUCAAGAGGGCUCUGAAAAGACACUUUGAGAGAGAAACUAGCAAAGUGCUCAUUGUCUGGGGACUGAAAGAGUGA